AUGGAAGCGCCUCCUCAAUUCGAUAUUUUGUAAGCAUCGAGCCGGAGAUCUUUGUGAUGUCGAUUGUUUUUAGAAAAGUAAAAAUUGAUCCAAAAGAAGACCUGUUGGUUUUGCCAUAUUCGAGUGGAACAACUGGAAGGCCAAAGGGGGUGAUGAUCAGCCAUUACAAUUAUGUCGCUCAAGUCGUCUCAUACAAGGUGUAAGUUGAAUAAGUUUUUAAGCAGAGCAUUGCAAAGUGUGCCACCGAGGAAGGAAGAACAUGUGAAACUCCAAAUUUUUAGAGAGACGGUGUAAAAUAUUUGCGAUUUUUUGAAGAUUGCAGCUAUUAUGUAUACAUUGUAUGAGUACAUAACUGAUCGUGAUUAUGUUUUCCUUCAGAUUCACAGAAACCAAAAUCUCUGUGCAUUUGAAGAACUUUGGGGUAGAUUUCUCCGCUCCAACCCAUUCACUGCUAUUCAACCCCUUUUAUCACGCUAUGGGAUUCUUUUUACUGUGCGCUCAUCUCUUUCGAGGCCAUACUGUCAUCAUAUUUGCUGAUCUAAAGAUUGAACGGUAUCUACAAGCAAUAACUGAAUUCAAGGUCGGUAAUUACCAUCUUAUUUUUAGUUACUUUAUAAGAUAUCCAAGGUUUAUAUUGUAGCCAAGGAUUGUCUCAAUGAUCCCCUCGUUCUUCUCAUUCUUUGUGAAAUCCCCUUUGUUGAAUAAGUACGACGUCAGCAGUGUUGUCAACUUUGGAUGUGGCGGCUCAUCAUUGACUUCAGAAGUUUCUGAGGCCUUUUAUCGGCGUUUUCCACAUUGUAAAAUCAUCAAUCAAGGCUACGGGAUGACUGAGAUGACCUGCGCCAUUGCUUCAAGUCCAUUCAGGGCAAAGGCCGGUGCAGUUGGGAUUAUUUUACCUAAUAUUCAUUACAGAGUAAGUCAUAUUAUUUCUAAUAUUGGUGUGUAAGAAUUAGCAUUGCAAUGUCUUUUUUUGCAGAUUGUAGACCCUCAAAGCGGCCGAGAAUGCAGUCAUAAAGAACCGGGAGAACUGUGGGUAAAAGGCCCAACGAUGAUGAAAGGCUAUUGGAAGAAUAAGAGGGAUACACGAGAGACGAUAACAAACGAUGGGUGGUUAAAAACUGGUAUGGAUUAAAGAGAAAAUCUGAGAAUUUAAUUAUGAGGCAAUGUGUAGUUUUUCCUAGCCAAAACCCGCCAAAUUUUAGAGCUCUGUUAUUUGCCGAUAAGUCGAAGAUAUUUCGGGGCUAAGGUAGUACAGCCCCCCAGUCCAGUUUAGCCCCCCAUGACCCAGUACAAACCCCCUCGUCCAUUCUGAACCCCAAAAUUUAUUUCAAAGAAUUAAUCCAAGUUGUAUGGUCCAGCACAAGCCCCCUACGUUUUAGAUCAAGCCACCUACGUUUUAGAUGAAGCCCCCUCCGUUUUAGAAAAAGCCCCCUACGUUUUAGGUCAAGCCCCCUACGUUUUAGAUGAAACCCCCAACGUAGUAGAUCAAACCCCCACUUACAUUUUUUGUAUUAUUCUAAUUUGUUCAUUAUGUGGGGUGUGAAACGGGCAAAACAGUGGGGGUUUGAACUACCUUUCGUGGGGGGCUCAACUACCGAAGCCCCGAUAUUUCUUUAGAAUCUCAAUUUUUAAUCCCAGAUAUUUUCACCCAACCGUGGUUCUUUGAAAAGCAGAUGCUGUUUACCGGUUUCCACAUAAAAACAUGUCCUAGAGCCCCUCAAGGCACAUAACAAAAAGUAAUCUUGUCGUGGUCUGGAUCACUGAAUAAACAAGAUUGAGCAAACCAUCCAAUGUUAUCUGGUUGAUUUCAGGUGAUCUCGUCUCCGAAGACGAAGAUGGCCAACUCUUCAUCGUUGGUCGCCUCAAAGAACUCAUCAAAGUCAAUGCGUUUCAAGUCGCCCCAGCCGAGUUAGAAGACCUUCUUCUUCAGCAUCCGUUCAUCGAGGACGCUGCGGUAAUUGGAGUGCCAGAUCCGGAUUUAGGAGAAAAACCCCGGGGCUAUAUUGUCAGAAAGUCUAAUGAAUUGAAAGAAUCAGAAGUCUACGAGUACAUUGCAAAGCGGGUUUCGCCAUAUAAGAAGUUGGCUGGAGGCGUGGAAUUCAUCGACAAAAUACCGAGGAAUGAGCCGGGAAAGAUUAUGAGAAGGGUGUUGUUGGCGAAAUAUUUGACUCAAAAUAAGCCCAAAUUGUAA